AUGCCUGCUUCUACAGCCAACGACCUCCGCAGCGAGGCUCGCUCUUAUCAGCGGGACAAGAACCAUAACGCGAAAUGGGCGAAGGGAUUCCUCCCCCGCAAUUGCCCCCACGGCGUGUCUUCGCUGGCUAGCGGGCCCAUCUCGGGGACCGACUGCACUUCUUGCCAUGCACGGCCCAUGCACGAUCGGGAGCACAACCAUGGCUCAGGACGCGCAAAAAGGUUGCGGCAAAAGAAGGAAAAUGGCCAAGCCAAUACACUAGCCCGCAAGGCCUUCCGCAACAACAUCGAUGAUGCUGUUGACGGACCUCUCGCCCUCGUCACCGACGCCUCGAGUGACGAUGAUGUGAUGGACGCGUCGGCUGCGCCUCUUCCGGCCGAGGCCGACUACAUGUACUCCUACGAUCGCCCAAGUGGCCCGGCUAAUGGUCGUGAUGUGCUCUCUGCUGCUCUCAACAAGGCCGUCUUGCGCUUCGAGAGCACCGAGACCGAGAAGCUCGUUACUCGCGAAUACGAUGUCAUCGACCAGCUCAAGGAAGGCUACGCUGCCGACGAGGAUGAGGAUGACUUUGAGAUGAUCGAGCACGCUCACCUCAAGUGA